AUGAAAUUAUUUGACCAAUUUAAAGAUGCAAUAUUGAACGAACAAAAAGAAGACAUUGCAUUGACUACGUCUUAUAUCAAUAAUUACCCUCCCAAAAAACUAGCACAACUUGGAUUGGGGAUAAUCAAUUUACAAAUUGUCAAUGUUAGAACAGGAUUAGGUGGGAAAACUAUAUUGGAACUACAACUAGACCCAGCAUUUUCUGAUGGAGAAAUCAACACUUCGACAUUACGUACUGGGGAUAUAGUAAAAUUGGCUAAAAUGACAUCAUCUGCAUCAAACCAGAAGUUGGAAAAGAAGAAGCCAUUAAAAAAUCACAAGGAAGAAUCCCAAGCCCAAAAUCAGUCUGAUGUUGGCAUUGAGGCAGUUGUAAUAAAAGUUUCCACCCAAACAAUAUCGAUAUCUGUCGAUGAAUCAACUGAUGAUUCGAAAAUUCUACAGUAUUACAAUAAUACUAAUGAUCUGGCAAGAAUGUGGUUGGUCAAAUUAACCAAUUCGAUCACGUAUAAACGAAUGAUCUCUACCAUGGAUAAAGUUCUUGAUAUGAAGGAGAGUGAUAAAAAUGAUAUUCACAAGAUUUUGUUAGGUGAAAGUCAGUAUAUACCGAAAUCGAAAUCUAAUGGAACAAGCAAUAACAACCAUGGCGAGAACAAUUUUUUCAAUGACCAAUUGAAUGCAUCACAACGACAAGCCAUUGAAUUUGCAAUUAAUGAUUCUAAUAUAACUAUUAUUCAUGGACCACCAGGAACGGGAAAAACAUAUACUUUGAUUGAAUUAAUUCAACAAUUAACAUCAAAAGGAGAAAAAGUCUUAGUUUGUGGUCCGUCAAACAUUUCUGUCGAUACUAUUUUAGAACGACUUGGAAAUAAAUAUGAACCAAUGAAAUUAAUAAGAAUCGGACACCCGGCACGAUUAUUGGUGAAAAAUUUACAGCAUUCAUUAGAAAUCUUAUCAAAAACUUAUGGGCGAGAAAUUAUUAAUGACAUAUCAAGUGAAAUUCAAUCGGUGUUGACCAAAAUUAAAAAAUGUAAAAAAUAUGGCGAACGUAAAGCAUUAUAUUCAGAGUUGAAAUUGUUGAAAAAGGAAUUAAGACAACGAGAAAGGAAAAUCGUCAAUGAAUUGUUGGUACAAGCACAGGUUGUUGUUGCUACUUUACAUGGAUCUGGAUCAUUUGAAUUGAAAAACAGUGUGGGUAACAAUGAUAGCAGCGGUAUGGUAUUUGAUACGAUUAUUAUCGAUGAAGUAUCACAAUCCUUAGAACCGCAAUGUUGGAUACCAUUACUAUUGAGUAAUAGAUUCAAGCGAUUAGUUAUAGCUGGUGACAAUAUGCAGUUACCACCAACUAUAAAAAAGCAAAAGAGUAACUCAUCGUCCUCUGCAUCAAUAUUAGCAACUACAUUAUUUGAUAGACUAGUGAAACAUUGUCAAGGUGAUCAAUACAAAAAAUUAUUGGAUGUCCAAUAUAGAAUGAAUAAAAGUAUAAUGCAGUUCCCCAGUAUGCAAUUGUAUGAUAAUCAAUUGAAGUGUGAUGAUUCUGUGCGGGACAUUAGUUUAGUUGAUUUACCAGGGGUUGAAAUAAACGAUGAUACAAUGACGAAAUGUAUAUGGUAUGAUACAGAGGGGGGUGAAUUUCCUGAACAGAUCAGUGAAUCGGUAGAUGGGGAUUCCAAGUACAAUGACAUGGAAUUACUAGUUGUCAAAGGACAUAUCAAGAAGCUAUUAUCUUGUGGAGUUCGGCCGCAAGAUAUUGGUGUUAUUGCUCCUUAUUCGGCACAAGUUCAAAAUCUAAAGAAACAAAUGGGUUUGGGUGAUGGUGCAAAUGGUGAUAAGGACGGUCAAAUUGAAAUAAGUACGGUGGAUGGUUUCCAAGGAAGGGAAAAAGAAGUGAUUAUAUUGACAUUAGUUAGGUCGAAUGACUCACGAGAAAUUGGAUUUUUAAGUGAACAAAGAAGAUUAAAUGUUGCUAUGACAAGGCCAAAGCGGCAACUUUGUGUUGUCGGAGAUUUAGAAUUGAUGAAUCAAAGUGGUAAUAAAUUUCUACAAAGUUGGAGUAAGUUUGUUGAAGACGGGAAUAAUGAUGGAGAAGUUAUUUUUGAAAUAGAUUAUCCCAAUUUGGAUGAUUAUAUAGAGAGUUGA